GCACUAGCAACAAGAGCAGUGUCUGCACGGUGCCCUUGCCCAGCAUUCCCUUUUCAGACCGAAAACGAAUCAAAUCGAAACUAAUCUCACAAAAACUAGCAUAUUAUGGGGAAAAACGACAGCGACAACCCAAAGAGUGCAACGAAAAAGAAGACUGGCCCCAAGACUGGGCACUCGCGGAGUUAUCCCCGGGGGGUCGGGUUAGAUUUUCGAAAGCUUCCUGGAUUGACACUGGUCUCCUACAUCGAUCACCAUGGUGAGUACUGCAGCAUGUAAUGCUGUGGUAUAGUUUACUUUGUCUGCAUGUUUGAUAUACGGGUCGGAUCACUGUGAAACAAACAAACGUGGGGUUUGGAUUGUUUUCUUUGGCAAACACCACGAACAUUUUUUGGGUGGGAACGACGAGAGACCGAGCCAAGCAUUGAGUUCUUCCGUGUCUUUUUGUUUAGCAGCAGACCCAGCAUUGAAUUUCCCAUUUAUCAGAAUUGCUGCAACUGGAGAAGAACAAGCACUUCGGUGCAAGCUGAAGCUGGUACGGAUAACCAGCAGAUGGCCGAAUCGUCAAACUGCAAAGCAAAGCGCAUCCUGAAUUUUUUCCUAGGCUUCGUACCGCAUUUUCCCCUCAUAUAUUGCGGCAGGAACGGGGUAGUGUUUGAUAGCAAGGUUAUUCUUGGAGAGGCCUGGGCCGAAGUCAAAAAAAGAACAAAUAACCGCAACGAUCAACUCUGACUAAAAUUGGACUUAUUAAUGAACGGAAUGCAGUGUCUGACAGACUGUCUCACCUAUAUAUUGUUUUGUUUUCUCGUUUUGAUGAUGUUGCCAUACCUAUUUCUUUCGACACAAAUUAAAAAACAGGAGUCAAAGUCCGCCCGGAAGCCCCACCCUCGGAGCUGGCGGUCGCUGUAGCUCGGCACUUUGAACAAAUGGAGGUCAACGAGGAAGACGUUAUUGGCGGAUUCCUCGAACGCCUCGAACAGGGGCCAACCGUCGCCACGGAAUACUCCCGAAAGACCCAGCGGUACCCUGUGAAGCUACCCGGAAACGUUGUCGGAAACGGCAAGACCCCCACAAAGGGCAAGAAGGGCAAGGAUGGAAAGAAGGAUUCCAAGAUGAACAUCCACCAAAACGCGGCAUCGAUGAACUCGUCCCGCGUGAGCAAUCGCAAGCGGACCAAGUGGGCAGCCCGGCCCGGCGAACAGGUCGCCGCCAAGGUCACGCGAACGGACGAGAAUGGGUCCUGGAUUCUGGCCUCGGUGCAGCGGUUUUACGUCGACAACGAAACCUACGACGUCCAGGACGAGGACGACACCUCGAAGCUUAUCCGGUUGCCCUGGUCCCACGUCAUGCGCCUCAGCACGGGCGCCGAGGGCUGCUUCCUCAAGGGGGCCGACUGCAUGGCCAUUUUCCCCGAGACUACGUCCUUCUACAAGUCAAAAGUGGCCAAGUCACCCGUAUGGAAACUGGAGCACGGGGUCCCCUGCGUCAAGGAGAUCGUCGUGCAGUUUGAAGACGAUGAGGACGCGGUGACAGGAAAGACACCCAAGCGGAGGGUCCCUUCCCGAUACGUCAUUCCUGUACCUUCGGCCUACUUUUAUGACGAGCAUGAGGACGUCGACCUCUCGCCGCAGAUCAUGACAAACCGCGCCAAGUAAGCGAUAGCAAAUGGAUUGUUUUUAUCGUUGUGUGUGCACUCCGUACCUAUGUCUAUGCUUUUGGGUUCCAUGUUUGCUCUCCAUCGCAUCUUAAUGCAACACAUGAACCAAAACACAAUCGAUUCAACGAAGGUAUUCGAAGGCUGAUGGAUCUACAAACAGCACGACGAUAUGGGAAUAAAAUAUCAGCAACAGGGAAAUCAGGAAUGGAACAGAAUCAAUGAGAUGAUAAUCGCGGCGGCGGUGGCGGCAGCAAGGGAAGCUGUCGAGUUGUAAGGGUAGCAUUAGAAAACAAUAGCGAAAAUGCAAUACUGUAAUAUGACUAAAAGGACAUUACUGUG